AUGUGGUGGGAACUCGCGUUCGGUCUCCUCGCCUUCGUGUCCCUGUGGAGGUACUCGAAGGUUGAGCUCGAGAAAGAUGCCUUCUUUGAAGCCCCUCCGGCUAUCAAGCUUCGAGAGCGCCCGCGGAGGCAACGCCGUAGCUCCGCUUCGUCCGACAGCAGGACCGAGAGGGUGGUCUUCAAGGCGGCCGCUCCCCCUCGGCCAGCUCCUGUGAUCAACGUUCGUCCUGCCGUCUCCAGCGCCCCAGCUGUCCCGGCCCAGCCUGCUGUCUCGGCCGUCCCAGCUCUCCCAUCCGUCCCGGAGGUCUCCCAUGUCCCCGAUGUCCCGACUGCUACAGUCGCGCCGGCAGCGGCACCCGUCACUCAGGCGGAUAUCGUUGCUGUGCAAGCCGUACAGGCGGGCCUCGAGCACGAGAUUGAUCGAGUUCGAAGGGAAAUGGGCUUUGCCAGGCCCCCUCCACCCCAUUUCGAUCGGGCUCGAGCCAAGCCCGUCCCCCGCCGAUCCAAUGAGACACCAGCUCCGUUGGUCUGCAUACCGUGUAUGAAGACUUUCAAGGAUCACUAUGAUCUCGAUCAGGCAAGUUGUAUCUUCACAAGAUCAAGAAGCACAAAGACGAGGGCUCUUUUGCUGGAAAGACCGACCGGUCACCCUCUAUCGACCCUCUUAAUGUUCCUCUGGACUCGCAUUGCGAGAUGUGCCUACACACCUUCGACAGCAACGUGUCGCUUCUUCAGCCGGAGGCUGACCGAGAUCCAGCACAAUGCCGCCUGCCAUCCUCCCCUUUGGGCAGCUGGCUGCUUCAAGUGCGGUAUCCCGCGCUUUAAGACUCCAGACGACCAAAAGAUUCAUUAUCGUCGCGUCCAUCCCGCGCGGAAUGGAUUUGAGGCAGGCUCCACUCCAUCCAACCCUAAUUUGGCGGUUCCCCGUUCGGGCUCUGGCACAAACCGGAGCUCCAACCCGACUCUGCAGGACACCAUUCUUACACCUGAGCCAGACCCGACUCUGCCGGAUCUUCAACGGACGUACGGCUGCGAGCUGUGUCUAGAGAGGUUCUUCAAUGUCGAGGACAGGGAGGCUCACCGGGUCAGCCUUUUCGCGCAUGGUGGCCAAUCCGCGCUCGCAGCUGCCUUCCCGCCCUUGUCAGCGUCUCCAUCGUCCAACUCCUCGGACUCGCUCCACACAUCACCCCCUCGCGAGAUCCCAAGAGAAAGCCCGGCCAAUAUCGCCCCAGUUCAGGUCGCCGAUGAUUCCGGCGCGGACGAUGCUGAGAAGCCCUUCUCCUCGCUCGAGUGGGCACUCAAGCCUAUGCAGCCUGUCCAGCCAAUGGUAGCGUCUCCAAGCAGGGCGGAGCCCAUCAUCAUCGAGGAUGAGGGCUACACACCGGAGGAAGAGUUCGAGCCCAACCCGGACUACUUUGACCCGCCCGAGCCCGAGCCGGCACCGCCGGUCCAUCACGAGUGGGUCGAUAUGGACCACAGCGACAUCCCCCUUCCCGACUCGCCUGAGUUCAACCCGGACCCGGCGGUCGCGCUCGACCAGCCUCUCCCGGUGUUCUCCAUCUCGGACGCGGAAGAGGAGGACCCAAGUGCAUUCCAGCACCCAAAGACGGAGCCGGUCUCGCACAUGGGUCUGAUCCUCGGCGAUCAGGAUCGGAUCGAGCACGUCGAGGUGCCCAGUCCAUUCAGCUUCGGCGAGAUCAUCCCGGACCCCGUUCCGCCGGGGAUGGAGGCGUUCCCGGAGCUGCCGUCUCGGUCAGGUGUCGUCUCGCCGGGCCCAAAUACGUCCGAGAGCCGCUGGCAUACCAAUGACCUGCCCAACUUCUCCCUUCCCGACUUCACGCCCAAAGCCGAGUCGAAGCUCCGGCUCUCGGACGAGAUCCGCGGCGGGGAUGCUGGUUGGAGCGAGGAGAGGGAGGACACCGGGAUGAUCAUCGACGAAGAUCACGUUGGGGAAGUGCGUGGAGUGCAUGACGGGGAAGAGCUCAGCCACGAGCGCCAGCAAGAGCCGCGAGAGGAGGUCCGGGAGGCGGUCAGAGAGGAGCCUCGGGAGGAGAUCAGGGAGGAACCUAAGGUCCAGCCCAGGGUGAUCCCCAUGAACCAAGCUCGUGCGGCCCUGCUCGCGCAGUCGGCUGCAAGUGCGCCUUCGAAGGACAUCUGGGCGGCCUCGUCCGACAAUCGCCCUUGGUCGGAGCAGGUCGACGACGAGUACGCGGACGAACUCCCGUCGCAGCCCAUGGGCAUGCGGGCGCCGGUGUCGGGCAUGAACAAUGUCCCUCUAGGCGCGCGCCGAGGCGGACCUCCCGCUCCCACUGGCGCGCCCGUCUCGGGCUACGAUCGAUACCCCCAGCCGUCCCCCGUUCCGUCCUUCCAGGCUCCCGCCCCACCGGUCCAAAACGGCUACGGUAUCGCCGCGCAAGGCAUCAACGGGUACGGUCGUCCAUACCCCGCCGCAGAGUCGCGAUACCCGCAAUCUGGAUACCAGCCAGCCCCAGCUCGUCAGGCCCCGCAGCCAUACUCGCCCCCGGCGGACCACUCGAUGCUGGCGCAUCAACAGAUACCCAACUUCAACUACAAUGCCUUCGACUCUAGCUUCAACGCCUUCGCGCCUGACUCGCCGCUUGGGCCCAAGCCAGCGCCAGUCAGAGCCCAGCCGUCAAUGUGGGCCGAGCCUGCCAAGCCGCUCAGCCCCAUCACGUCGCCCUCGCCCUCCCCGGCCCCUUCCAUCCACUCAUCUUUCGCCUCCCCCAGCACCCACUCCCAAUCGUUCCAGCCCGCUUCUCCCGUCAAUCACCGAAGCGCCGCCUCGGACAUAUCGGAGACUCCCUCUUCGGCCGGAUCGAGCGCCCGCUUCGGAUCCCACUUUGGCGGAGUCGGUCCCGGUGUGACUGCUCCCGGCGGGCCUCGGCGGGGAUGGGCCGACCGAGCAUCUAUCGGCGGUCAGCCAGCGCACAUGAUGCCCCCGACCAACUACCAGCAUCCUGCUGUCGCUCCGGCUCAGCUGGUCAUCCCGCCUCAGAUCGAGGAGCAGGGUUGGGCGACUGCCAUCCUGGCUGCUGCGCCAAAGAGGCGGGGUGGGAAACCCAUCAACGAGACAUAUGCGGAGAAGGAGGCACGAAAGAGGCAGGAGCAGCAGGAGAGGCUGAAUGAGAUUGUCGCCAGCGAGCAGGAAGGAUUUGGGGGAUGGUAG